GCUAUUUCUUGAAUAAGGCUAUCAGAUACAGGACUUCAAUACAAAAUCUAGAUAACAAUAAGAAGCCAAAACCAAAUAACAUAAUUUUAGCAUCUUCAACUUGAACCACAUACUUUUCAAGGAUUCUAUGAGACUGGUAACAAACAUCACUUCAAGGUACGGGCUUCCAGAUCAAUUUGCCAGCACAGCACUUAGGCCGCAGCGAAGCGCGGCUUCUCCGAGACUA